AUGUUCUGUAAUGAAGUGCUUGGCGAACUUUUCUUUAAUUCUCUUGACGAUGCUGGAUCGGAUGCUGUCACAAAAACUCGUCAAAUAUUUAAAAUUUUCAAUAUCAUUGUUAAAAUUCCAAGAAUUCAAACUUAUGUAACAUUGGAAUUAGCUCCAUCCAUUAAAGUCCUUGUCACGUUCAAUUCAACCUUCAUCAAGCAUCAAUUCUUCAAACAAACAUGA